UAUUACAGACAUACUUCUGAAGACUAUGGACGACUUCGGUUCUCAAGUGAACAGCAACCUUGGUAACUCAACCGAUAAAUUGGAGUUAUUAUCUGAAAACAUCGCUCUUAGAGUUGAUCGGUUGAACCCAAAACGUAAGGUUAACUUCGCUCAAUAUGGCGCAAAAAUCUUUGUUCCUGGCUCAGCGCUCUCAGACACAAUAGAAACUCGCAUGUCAACCAUUGUCUACAGAACACUUCAGAAUAUACUUAGACUUCCAGCAGAGGGAUCCAGUAAUAAUCAGAGUAGCGGAGGAGGGCUUCGAAGGAGUGGCACAAGUAUUAUUUCGGUCACUUUCCAUGAUCGUCAACCUGCUUCCCUGAGUAAACCUAUCAAGCUGACCUUCAACCACAACAACAAGGGUCCUCAUUUGAUUGGACAGUGCGUUUUCUGGGAGAUCGGCCAGUCACAGAGGACGUGGCUGACCCGUGGGUGUGUGCGCGUUGAUCGUGAGUCAAACUCGCGUGUUACCACUUGCGAGUGUAAUCACUUAACCAUCUUUGCAGUCUUAAUGAACAACAAGCCAGUGAGUAUUAAGUACUCUUGA